UAUUUGUAAUUAUUUCUGAGUAUUUAAGAAUUACUUGCUAAACAAUACUUUGAUAAAAAGAGACAUGCAAAUUUAUUUUGUGUACUCUACAAGGAAAAAUACAAGAAUUACUCGAAAUAUAAUAUGUGUACAUAUUAUAAAGAAGAAAAAUGAACAAAAACUUCCAUAAAUAGUAAAUAUCUAACGACUAAACUUGACAAUCUUUCAUUCGCCGCUCUGGCGCUCUCUGACACCGACGAGCCACCCGCGAAAACAUCAACCAGUACUCAAUAGUAACUAUCUAACGAACUUUGAUAAUCUUUCUUGCGCUCUCUAACGCCAACGAGCCACCGCAAAACAUCAAGCACUCAAUGCCGCCGCUGUCGUUUUCCUCACUUCCCAUCGACAUCGUCGUGGAAAUCUUAGCUCGCGUCCCGAAACGCUCUCACCCGAUCCUCUCUUGCGUCUCCAAGAACUUCAGCCGUCUUGUUCGUUCGCCGGAGAUACACAAGAUUCGCUCUCUCCUCCGCAAAGACUCACUCUUCAUCUGCUUCGUCGGCAAAACGGGUGCGCAAUGGUUCACUCUCCGAAGAGCUGAGAACAACAACCCGACGACAGAAGAGAAGAACCGCUUCGUCUCCAUCGACCUCGCGUUUCUUUCUCAGACCGAGCAAAAACCCUGCGCCGUCGCCAUAGGCCCGGAGAUCUUCUUUAUCUGCGGAUCAUUCAAUCCUUCGGCAGCCAUGUGGAUUCUUGAUUCAAGAACCGGGACGUUUCGCCAAGGACUUAGCUCGAGAGCUGAAAGGCUAUGCAGAAGCGUGGGUGUAGUCGGAAGCAAGGUGUACGUGAUCGGGAUCUAUAGAGACGCCGACGAGAUGCACGUGGAGUCAUUUGACGCGAAGACGCAGACGUGGGAGCUAGCGCCGGUUCCUGAGGAUCAAGGCUGGUGGUGGAGCUCGGCCCCAACUGUGUCGUUGAACAGGAAAGUUUGUGCGUUACGUGUUUCUGGCAAUGCUAGGUGCUACGAUCCUAGAGAUGGGUCUUGUGAGAGUUUAGGUUUGGCUACUAAGGAUAAAUGGUUGUGGAGAACGGGUGCUUGUGUGAUGAACAAUGUGCUCUACGUUUACUACGCUAGGUUCGGGCUGAUGUGGUAUGACUACGAGAUGAGGCUAUGGAGAGUGGUUGGUGGUUUGAGUCAUCUCAAAAAGGUUCGGUCUGUUGCGAUGGCGGAGUAUUACGGGAAGUUGGCGGUCUUGUGGGAAGAUGUUGAGGUUGGUGUGAGUGGUGAAACUAAGGAGGUUUGGUGUAGAAUGAUUGCUUUGGAGAGGAGUGAAAGAGGGGUUCAUGGGAUUGCUGAAGCGUCUCAACUUCUGGGUAGUGUCCUUCGUGGCUAUAUGUUGCAUCAUUGUCUCUCUGUUUCAGAUUAAAGAGAAUAAAGUGUCCCUCCUUGCUAUAGAUAGAAAUGUCCCACGUUGCUAUAGAUAGAAUCUCAUUGAUUAAGCAAAUGAUGUUUCUUUACAUUCCUACUUCUUUGUUUAAGUAGUUUGAUUGUCAUAUACAUGGACUUGUCCUCUAUAUUUUCGGCAGUAGUAUCAUAUUCAAUUCUUUAACUCUUGCUUUCUACCACUAGACUGUGCCCCGAAAAAAAACACAUACAUGUGACUAGAAUGGCAAACUAAUAAAGUGUAAUUAAGUAGUAAUCCAUCCAUUUCAGAUUAUUUGUCGUUUUAGACUGACACACAAAUUAAGAAAACAUUUAAUUUUGUAUAUUUACUAGAUAAAAACAUUAUUAUCAAUACACCUAACCACAUUUCAAUCAAUUGAAAAAAAUAUCAAAAUAUAAAAUCAAUAAAUUUUGCAUUGAAAUUAUAAAACGACACUUAUUUUGAAACAAAAAAUUCACCCUACAACAACAAGUAAUUUGAAACGGAGUGAGUACUAAGUUUGACUAGAAUAACAAAGUGGAAUAA